AGAGAGAGAGAGAGAGAGAGAGAGAGAGAGACACGGAGGAAGAGAAAGACACUGUCUCUGACACAGGCAAAGCGCACGCACCAAGGUACCCCGGUACCCUGGGGUCUCGGCAUCUCUCUGACUCUCUGCAGAGGUGCCGCUGCUGCUUUCCUCAGCCCCACUGCUCAUGGAGAAAGUGCCGGGCGAGAUGGAGAUUGAGCGGAGAGAGCGGAGCGAGGAGCUGUCCGAGACUGAGAGGAAGGCGGUUCAGGAUACGUGGGCCCGGGUAUAUGCCAACUGCGAGGACGUGGGGGUGGCCAUCCUAGUGAGGUUCUUUGUGAACUUUCCCUCUGCCAAACAAUAUUUCAGUCAGUUCCAGCACCUAGAAGAGCCAUUGGAAAUGGAGCAAAGCCCACAGUUGCGCAAACAUGCCCUUCGGGUCAUGGGUGCCCUCAACACUGUGGUGGAAAAUCUGCAUGACCCUGACAAAGUGUCCUCUGUGUUGGCCCUGGUGGGCAAAGCCCAUGCUCUGAAGCACAAGGUGGAACCCGUCUAUUUCAAGAUCCUCUCUGGAGUCAUUCUGGAGGUGAUUGCUGAGGAAUGUGCUAAUGACUUCCCAUCUGAGACACAGAGAGCUUGGUCCAAGUUGCGUACCGUCAUCUACAGCCACGUGACUGCUGCCUACAAGGAAGUGGGCUGGGUGCAGCAGCUCCCCACCACCAACAUCCCAGAAGCCACGCUGCCCUCUUCUAGGUCAUAAUGUCCCACUCCCUCCUCUCCCACUCCCUGGCAGCACCUUGAACAGAAGGCCAAGCUCCAAGGACCAACUUGUCCCUUCGUACCUUGGUGCUGAAGAAGCUGGAAGAAUGGAAUCAUCUCCAGAGAGUAAGGCUACCACUCUGGCUAUUCCGAGAGCUGCUGGCAGGUGACCCUAGCCAUCUGGAUUCUGAGUGCAGCUCUGGGGCCCAUCUGGUGGGAACUAUUGGGGAGAGUUGUAGGGGACCUCCCUACAGAGCUGGGCCCACUAUUUGUAGCUUUUCUAUCCUCUGUUAGAGAGAGACCAGGCUGAGGGACUGGUGGACAGGCAGGGCAAGGUUUGUAAUAAUUCCUAUCCAGGAAUAAACCAGCCACUGUUUCUAUCUGCCUGACCAGCAUGUAGGUCUCAAUGUGACAUAUCUAUAGUAUCAUACACGCACAUCUACCGCAUAUAAAAAUAUAUUAUAUAUACAGUAUAUAUAUACAUUAUAUAUAUAUUUAUAUAUAUAUAACCUGUACCUGCAGCUGCAGGCCCUUGGGCCUAGGGGCACAUACUAAAGCCUCUGUUUCUUCUUUUUUUUCUGUCCAUAUAUGUCUCCUGAGGGGAGAGGUUCGUGGCCAGGCUCAGGGGAUAGCUAAGGAGAAAUAUUCCAUGGAAGUAGAGGCUCUAAGUUAGCAUAGAAGAGCAUAGAAGGCUCAUUACCCUUGAGAAGGUGAGAUGAAUUCAAGCUCAUUUCAAAGAUGGAAGAAGUGAGGUAAAAAGUAGCCCCAUCUUCAGGAGAAGGGCAAGGAGAUCUGAUAUUUGCCCUGAGUUUGAUCCCCAACUUUUUCCUUUGAACUUUUAUGCAUAAACAAAACUCUCCAAUAAGGACUUGGCAACUUUUUGACUUUCCUUUCUAGUCAAGCUGAGUCAAUGGUUUUGCUUAUAAUCAGCAUUGAGAAGCUCAGGACAGAUGGUAUCAGAAAUAAGGGACUACCUAGUUGAGCUAGACUGCCCUAGGGGUAUAGUGAGCUCCAGGAAUUUAAUUACCCAAGUCCUAAAAGAUCAGAUGAUGGGAUAUCUAUCCCAGCCUAGUUCCCAUCUCCAACAAAAUGAAAUGACAAUGAAGGUACAUUUGAAGGUUACCCUAAAUGGGCUAGUUAUCACUAUGAAAACAGACCAGAAGCCUCAAUACCUGGCUUUCAAAUGAAAGUAGGAUAUGAAACCAUCUGAGAUUGAUGGGGUUUCCUUCCAUUUAUAUUCUUAGAUUUUUCCUUUAGAUCUAAAGUUCAGCCAAGGAGGAGAGAGGAAGCCUGAGUGACCCCCUCUCCCCAUAUACCUGUUGUAAUGAGAUGAUCCAAUGUUCCUUUUCAGUAUAAGGUUCUAUGACUCUGUCUGUCUUCCUAGGCUAGUGUUGCCUUGGGAUCCCUGUGUUUCACCCUUGGUAAUUUGUAUCUCCCGUAUCAACCCCAAAGGAAACCUUGCUACUGUAGCUGCUAUACCUGUGUCCCAGACUCCUGUGAUCAUUUCUGUAAACUGCCUGUCUUUUUGUAGGUUUCUGAUGUUUGUAACCAGACCCAACUGUAUCAUUAAACAGAGAUGUUCUUGCUCA